CAUAGAACAACAUGAAAUUCAACGCACUCUGCUUUUUGCUGUUGGCGCUGAUUGCAGCGUUUGGCAUGCUGCCCGGCGCCCAGGCCGAACCUUCGCGCGACAGUGGUGGCAACAGCUGGAGGGGCGGCUCACAGUCGCGGCCACAGCAGCGUCCUUUCUAUUAUGAUGCGCCCAUACGUCAGCCUGGUCAGCCCAGGACCAUGUACGCCUAGUUGAGAGAGUUGAUCACACAGCUGUUUUACCUUCACGAUCAAAAAAUUGAGUGAAAUAAAUUACA